AUGAAUUCUCCUCACUUCAUUAGAUAAAUAGAGAGUGAAGAUACAAAUUCUCUCUAAGCAUCUAAUUAAACAUUCAACCUAAGAGAAGAUCAAGAGAAUACAAUUUAGGCUGACUUUCUUUAAGAAAGUGUAUCUGGUUAUCUGAACCUCUCAGAUUCCCCUUAUGAAUAGGAGUUCUCAUCUUUUAUAUUGGAGGAUCCUCCUAAAGUAAAAACUAAAAAAGACAACUUCAUCAUAAUAAAGAAUAAUUUAGAAUACUAAUGUGGAUUUUGUGAGAAGGUUUUUUCCUAUUCACAUAGUCUUGGAGGACAUGUUCAAAAAAAUCAUAGAAUACAGAAGAAUUACAAAGCUAGACUCUCUUCUAUCAGAUUGAGAACAAGACCUGUUAGGAAUUGUUAACAUUGAAUUUGAAUUCAAAUUCCUUCACAUACCCAU